ACAUUUAGCAGCUUCCGGUAGUGGUAAAUGGUCAAGAGUGUUUUUCCGGGAGUUGAUCUCAGGUUUUCAAGAAUGUCCCCUAGAGACCCAGCGUGUUUUCUAUGUAAUUCCUAGGGCUUUCAGAAUAGCCUGGUGUUUCUCGCCGACAUGGUCACGGAAUGGGUACCUGUCUGAUCUUCCUGCUGCUGGGAAAUCCCCGCUUUGGGCAGAGGGUUAGGUCCAGGCUCAGGUAGGCCAACUGCUGAGGCCCGGUGAAAAGUAAUCAAGUGCAAUAAUGUUCAGCAGUAAAAAGAAAUCACUUGAAGUGGAACGGAUUGUGAAAGCCAAUGAUCGUGAAUAUAAUGAAAAGUUCCAGUACGCAGAUAAUCGUAUCCACACAUCCAAGUACAACAUUCUCACCUUCUUGCCAAUUAAUUUAUUUGAACAGUUCCAAAGAGUGGCGAAUGCCUAUUUCCUUUUCCUUCUGAUUUUACAGCUGAUUCCAGAAAUUUCCUCCUUGACCUGGUUUACCACCAUUGUGCCUUUGGUUCUUGUGAUAACUAUGACAGCUGUAAAAGAUGCCACAGAUGACUACUUUCGCCACAAGAGUGAUAAUCAAGUGAAUAACCGGCAAUCGGAAGUGCUCAUCAACAGCAAACUGCAGAAUGAAAAAUGGAUGAAUGUCAAAGUGGGAGACAUCGUUAAAUUAGAAAAUAACCAAUUUGUUGCUGCUGAUCUGCUUCUCCUAUCAAGCAGUGAGCCACAUGGCCUGUGUUAUAUUGAAACUGCUGAGCUCGAUGGGGAAACGAACCUUAAAGUCCGCCAUGCAUUAUCAGUUACUUCAGAGCUUGGAGCAGAUAUUAGCAGACUUGCAGAAUUUGAUGGGAUUGCUGUAUGUGAGGCACCUAACAACAAAUUAGAUAAAUUCACAGGAGUCCUCUCUUGGAAUGACAGCAAGCACUCCCUCAGCAAUGAGAAGAUAAUCCUGAGGGGCUGCGUCCUGAGAAAUACCAGCUGGUGUUUCGGAAUGGUUAUUUUCGCAGGUCCUGACACUAAACUAAUGCAGAACAGUGGUAAGACAAAGUUUAAAAGGACCAGCAUUGAGAGAUUGAUGAAUACUCUAGUACUUUGGAUAUUUGGGUUUCUGAUAUGCUUGGGAAUUGUUCUUGCAAUAGGAAAUUCAAUCUGGGAGAAUCAAGUUGGGAAUCAAUUCAGAACUUUCCUUUUCUGGAGUGAAGGACAGAAGAACUCUGUGUUCUCAGGAUUCUUAACAUUCUGGUCAUAUAUUAUUAUUCUCAAUACAGUUGUACCCAUUUCAUUAUACGUGAGUGUGGAAGUAAUUCGUCUGGGACACAGUUAUUUUAUAAACUGGGAUCGGAAGAUGUAUUACUCUGGGAAAGCAACACCUGCUGAAGCUCGGACGACCACGCUCAAUGAGGAACUGGGCCAGAUUGAAUAUGUUUUCUCCGACAAAACGGGCACCCUCACUCAAAACAUUAUGACUUUUAAAAAAUGUUCCAUUAAUGGGAGAAUCUAUGGUGAAGUUCGUGAUGACCUGGGGCAGAAGACAGACAUAACUAAGAAAAAAGAGCCUGUGGAUUUCUCAGUCAACGUCCAAGUAGACAGAACAUUUCAGUUCUUUGACCAUCAUCUGAUGGAAUCCAUUAAAUUGGGUGAUCCCAAAGUGCAUGAAUUCCUUAGGUUACUAGCUCUCUGCCAUACUGUAAUGUCAGAGGAAAAUAGUGCAGGACAGCUGAUUUACCAAGUUCAGUCACCUGAUGAAGGGGCUUUAGUGACAGCUGCAAGACAUUUUGGAUUUGUUUUUAAGUCUCGGACCCCAGAGACAAUAACAAUAGAAGAAUUGGGAACAUUGGUUACUUACCAAUUGCUUGCCUUUUUGGAUUUUAACAAUAUCAGAAAAAGGAUGUCUGUUAUAGUGAGAAACCCGGAAGGACAGAUAAAGCUUUAUUCCAAAGGAGCAGACACUAUUUUGUUUGAAAAACUUCAUCCAGCCAAUGAAGCCCUUCUGACUUUGACGUCAGACCACAUCAGCGAAUUUGCAGGGGAAGGCCUUCGAACUUUGGCCAUCGCAUACAGAGAUCUGGAUGACAAAUACUUUCAAGAGUGGCUUACGAUGCUGGAAGAUGCAAAUGCUGCCACAGAUGAGAGGGAUGAACGGAUAGCUGUACUGUAUGAAGAAAUUGAAAGGGACUUGAUGCUUCUAGGUGCCACUGCCAUAGAGGAUAAGUUACAAGAGGGUGUUAUUGAAACGGUUGCAAGUUUGUCACUAGCCAAUAUUAAGAUCUGGGUCCUAACAGGAGACAAACAAGAAACUGCCAUCAACAUUGGGUAUGCUUGCAACAUGCUAACUGAUGACAUGAAUGAUGUGUUCGUUAUAGCAGGGAACACGGAAGUGGAAGUCAGAGAAGAACUCAGGAAAGCAAAGGAAAGUUUGUUUGGACAAGACAGAAGCUUUUCCAAUGGCCAUGUAGCUUUCGAAAAAAAGCAGCAGCUAGAGCUGGACUCAGUUGUAGAAGAAACCGUAACAGGAGAUUAUGCCUUAAUCAUAAAUGGCCACAGUUUGGCUCAUGUCCUAGAAAGUGAUGUCAAGAGUGAGCUCCUAGAAAUUGCCUGCAUGUGUAAGACUGUGGUGUGCUGCCGAGUGACGCCACUCCAGAAAGCCCAAGUAGUAGAACUGGUGAAGAAGCACAGAAAUGCUGUCACUUUGGCCAUAGGUGAUGGAGCCAACGAUGUCAGCAUGAUCAAAAGUGCUCACAUCGGCGUUGGCAUCAGCGGCCAGGAAGGACUGCAGGCGGUCUUAGCCAGCGACUAUUCGUUUGCACAGUUUAGAUACCUCCAAAGGCUUCUCCUUGUCCAUGGAAGGUGGUCCUAUUUCCGAAUGUGCAAGUUCUUAUGCUAUUUCUUCUAUAAGAAUUUUGCAUUCACACUUGUGCAUUUCUGGUUCGGUUUCUUCUGCGGUUUCUCAGCCCAGACCGUCUAUGACCCGUGGUUCAUUACCCUUUUUAACAUUGUCUACACAUCACUGCCUGUUUUAGCCAUGGGGAUUUUUGACCAGGAUGUGAACGACCAGAACAGCAUGGACUGUCCCCAGCUCUACGAACCUGGACAGCUGAAUCUACUUUUUAACAAGCAUAAAUUUUUCAUCUGCUUGGUGCAUGGAAUCUAUACCUCAUUCACCCUUUUCUUCAUCCCCUAUGGGGCCUUUUGCGAUGUGGUUGGAGAAGACGGGCAGCACAUCGCCGACUACCAGUCUUUUGCAGUUACCAUGGCUACAUCUUUGGUCAUUGUGGUCAGUGUGCAGAUAGCCUUGGACACCAGUUACUGGACUGCUAUUAAUCACGUCUUCAUCUGGGGCAGCAUUGCCACUUAUUUCUCCAUUUUAUUUACAAUGCACAGUAAUGGCAUCUUCGGCAUCUUUCCAAACCAGUUUCCGUUUGUUGGUAAUGUACGGCAUUCCUUGACCCAGAUGUGCGUCUGGCUUGUUAUUCUCCUGACAACAGUGGCUUCAGUUGUGCCUGUGCUGGCAUUCAGAUUUUUGAAGGUGGAUUUAUUCCCAACACUGAGUGAUCAGAUCCGCCAGUGGCAGAAGGCUCAAAAGAAGGCAAGGCCACUGCGUAGCCGAAGGCCUCACACUCGUAGAUCAAGCUCAAGAAGAUCUGGAUAUGCUUUUGCUCACCAAGAGGGCUAUGGAGAGCUUAUCACAUCUGGGAAAAAUAUGCGAGCUAAAAAUCUACCCCCAACGUCAGGGGUGGAAAAGACACCGUAUAAUAGCACUAGCUGGAUUGAAAAUUUAUGUAAGGAAACCACAGAAAACGUGAGCAGCUUUAGCCAGGAUAAAACAGUAAAACUGUGAGUCAAGAUGAAUGUCAACCACAUAGUUAUCUUUUCACUUCACCUGGAGCUGGAAUUCAUCUGGCUCCGGAGUUUGGGAUCAGGGCCUAGGAAUGGGGCAGAUUGCCUCACUUAACUUCAAUCUGUGGCGGACAGCUGCUGGUGCCGUGAAAUGGAGGUGUGCUCUACUGGAAACCAAGCCAGAUGGUCCCUCUCUAAAUCGUGAUUUGCCAAAAAAAACCCUCACAAUACAAGCACAGGUUUUUAUCAACCUAGAUACCAACUGACCUGAAUUUAGGAUCUUCUUUAUGGGGAAAAACUUGUAAAUCUUCCUAUACAUUGAAUGGAUCUUCAGGUGGAUAAAAGGGUGCAUUCCAAAGUUAUGUAUCCCAGCUGAAAAGCAUGUUUGUUGAGAGACAAACAUAUAUACAAGAUCAGCCUUUCCCGAGAUACACUUUUAAGGUUUAAAAUGUACUAAGGUACUCUCAGGCUAAGAGGAGUUUGUCGCUCCCCAGUGUUGAUAUCAACCUGUGUGUUCAGUGAGAAGAAAAUCACCUUCGUGCCUAAAGAAUAGAAGAGUGUGUUGGUGUUCCUCAUUUUUCUACUUGUCCUACAGACCAAGUAGAUUGAGCAUCUUUAUGGUGGGAUAGGCUGGUAAUUUGGUCAAAUUUAUUCAGAAUGUUCAUGAAAUGUCAAAAAGAGGUUAUCUAGUAAGUAUUCUAAAUACUUUUUAAUGACUUUUAUAACAACCUCAGUAGUAAUUUACCCCGUGUCAUCCAGAACCAUUAAUGGUAGGAUCAAAGCACUGGAAUUUCACACUCAAAUAACAGUAUUCCAUAUAGUGUAUGGGCAAAUCCUUUCAACACUUCCUGUUUUUAAAAGUUCCAUUUGAAACCAAACAAAUUAAUAAGCAUUCUCUUCAAGUAGUACUUAAAUAUUCAGGCUUAGGUCAUACAGAGUUAGUUGCUUUUGGUAUCCAGCUGUAAUGUUUAUAAUUCCAAUAUAUAAACAUAUGUAGGUGAGGUUGAUUUUUUUUGGAGAUGUUCCAGUCCAAAUGUGAAUGAUCAGUGUAGUUCCCAUAAAAGAAUUCAGGGAGAUUUGUGUUCAAUUUCUAGCUCUAUUUCUUCUUACCUCUAUAAGGUUGGGCAGGUAAUGUGCCUCCUCUGAGACUCAGUUUCUUUCUCUGUAAAAUGAGGAUAUACUAUCUACCUUAUGUGGGUGGUUGAGGAUUGUCAAAGCACAAAUUCUCAAAUCAUUAAAAACAUAAUUCUCAUAUGAAUAUAUGACGAGUUAAGUUCCAUUUGACUCAUCAGAAUAGCAGAGCAAUUUGAAGAGAAUGUGAAGAACCAGAAUUUAACGUCAGUGGGAAAGGCCUUGAUGAAAUGAGAUUGGAAAGGAAGAUGUAAAACUGGUUAGGGUUUUAUGUGAAAUAUAAAACUGGUUAGUGUUCCCCCUAUAGGGAAAUAAAACUAAAACCUUGGAGGUGAAUUUCCCUACCAAAAGCAAAACUAAAUCAUCCUCAUGCCUUUUCAAUUUUUACAAAUCAACCUUCAACUUUAUAGGGUUCUAAAUCUGGUCCCUAUUGAAUUAGUCAAACAAAGUUGUAUUUCCCGAGAGAGUCUGAUAGCCUGAUUUGUGUUGGUCUUGAUCCUGGGUGGUCUCGAUGAAUAUUGGACUAGCAUGAUAUUAAUAGAUCACACAAUCCUGGUGGGGUUUUUUGUUUGUUGUGUGUUUUGUUUUUUGUUUUUUUGCCUUAAUUUCCAAGUCUGGGAUAAUUUUUCCAGAAUGGAAUCAAAUGAAGUAUGUGUCAAAGAGCCUAAUAUAGUGCUUUAAGCAAGUAAAGACUCAUAGAUAUUCCCUUUUCCCCUACAUGCCUGUGUAGACUUACCCAGAUGGUAGUUUUCAGUGUCUAAUGUGUGGUUAGUUUAACUGUGUUUGCUCACUUUCUGUAACAUUUUUGAAAGAUUUGA